UUUGCGGGAAUCUCGAAGGGAGAAGGAAAGAGACGGCGCAGCCGUCACUUUAGUGUUUCGCAUUUGAAAGAAAAAGGCGAAGGAUAAGAGAGAAUCGAAUAGCUUCUAUUUUUCUACGGUAUUCGCCGCUCGCGGAGCGGUUGAAAUCUAUUUUUCCACACCUCGCGAACUGUACUUUGCUCAAGAAGAAACCGAAUGGCACAUAGAAUAGAGUCGAUCGAAAACGGGAAAAUAUGGUUGAUCCGUCAGCGGAUCGAGAUCGGGAAAAUACGCGCGAAGAUCUACGUGUGAAGAUUUACCCGCCGAAGAUCAACUAGAGGUACUUCCGGAAGAUAAACGCGCCGAUGCGCCGCAAACCCUGCGCCGGAAACGCUUUUCCUGGCGCGCGGCUCGCUGCGGCUGCGACACAUCGAUCGUCGAUAUGCAUUUCGACGGCAUGGACGCAAUUUCCGGCGUCAAAGGGCCAAGGUCGGCCCCACUUAAUCAUGGGAUGGAUGUUCGUCUCGCAGGCACACAGAACACACUCAGGGUCGGGAUUGGAGAUAGACAAGAUGGACCAGCAGUAUUGUCUACGGUGGAACAAUCAUCCAGCCAACCUCACAGACGUUCUCAGCUCGCUGCUUGCCAGAGAAGCACUCUGUGACGUUACCCUGGCCUGUGUCGGAGAGACCUUCAAGGCGCACCAGACCAUACUCUCUGCAUGCAGUCCGUAUUUCGAGAGCAUUUUCCUGCAAAACACCCACCCCCAUCCAAUCAUAUUCCUCAAGGAUGUCAAUGAUACGGAAAUGAAGGCGUUGCUGCACUUUAUGUAUAAGGGCGAAGUCAAUGUUAGUCAGCAUCUCCUACCGAUGUUCCUUAAAACAGCAGAGGCAUUGCAGAUCAGAGGCCUCACCGAUAGUAAUAGUGUAAAUAACAAGGCAGAGGACAAGUGUCCGUCACCUGAUCCAGAAACGCAAACUGGAGUAAGACAUAGCGAUUCGCCUAACCUUCAGUCUCAUCAUGAGAAGAGGAAAAGAAAGAAUUCAGGCAGCUACGACGUUUCCCUUUCUGGCCCACCUAGCGAAAGAUUCUUGUCUGAUUCUCAGACAUCCUCGCAGUGUAGUUACAAAUCAAGUCCUCCUGUGAUUCCAAAGUUAAAUAAUGCCCUGGGAGUUGAGAUGGAAGAUGGUGGUCGACCCAUGUCCCCUGCUUCACAACCGCAGGCUCCUAUUAAACAAGAGGUGGAUCACCACUUGCCCGACUUCCAUGACAAUAUUUCCCUCCCCGGUCAUCCAGUUGGACUGAUAGGAGAAGAUGGAGGGGCCACGGCAGGAGCACUCAGUGAUGGUGUUCAAGGGAUUGAAUCAUCUGAGCACCAUAAUCCUCCGGAAAUGCUCGACGGACUUGAUGGUUCAAAAGCCUGGCACAUGCGGCUGACCUUUGACCGGGUGCCAGGCGGCUGCAACCUUCACAGGUGCAAGCUGUGCGGCAAGGUCGUGACGCACAUCAGGAACCACUACCACGUCCACUUCCCCGGCAGGUUUGAGUGUCCUCUCUGUCGUGCCACGUACACACGUAGCGACAACCUGCGCACGCACUUUAAAUUCAAACAUCCCGAAGCGAGAAAGAUCGAUCUUAAUGAUUUCAUGACGGGCUCGUUGGCGCUCUCAGCGAGCAACGAUACUAUGAACACUCUAUCCUAAAGACGCCGGAAGAGAC